AUGCGUUUCGCCGCUGUCGCCAUAACGGCUCUGGCUACAUCUGCCUUUGCCCUCCCCUCAGCCCCAGUCCCCGCCGUCCUCCACCAUGAGCGCGGCCUCAUCUCCGACGUCGUCAACCUCCUCAAACCCGCUGACCUGCUGAGCGGUCUCUGCGCCGAAGGUGCCGCCGCUUUCGUGGGUGCCAGUUUGGGUCUCAAGGCCGACCUCAUCAACGUCGAUGCCAAAGCCAAGCUCGGCAUCUGGCUUGACGGCGCCGACCUCGACCUCGACCUCAGCGUCAAGACCUCCCUCAAGAGCUGGUGCUCCGACGCCUCCGUUGAAUUGGAUGUCGACGUAAUCGCCAAAAUCGCUCUUUUCACUCCCUGCGCUGUCGGUAUUGCUGCCGAGGGCGGUCUCGUCGUUGAUAUCAAUGGUAUUUCAUCCGUCGGUGCCGCUGUCGGUGUCAUCCUUGAAGCUUCCCUUCAAGUUGAAUUGCUCGCUUUCCUGCAAGCAAACAUCCACCUCGACACCGGAGUCAACGUUGCCCUCCACAUCUGCGCCAACGGCGGUCUCGUGACUGCUCUCACCGCCGAUGUUAAGGCUGUUAUUACCGCCUGGCUCGCAAGCUCCGAAUGCGGUCUCCCCAUCGAUCUCAAGGUUGCUAUUGGCCUCUGGCUCGAAGCUGAGGUUGGCGUUGGCGCCGUCGCUAUCGGAGCCGUUUCUACCGCUGCCUCCAUCUCCGGCUCCGUGGGUGUUUCUAUUGAUGCCGCUGUUGAUGUUGCCGGCAUUCUGUCCGUUACUUACAUCGGCGCCCUCGAAGCCUGGAUUGCCGCUCAACUCAACUUGGACGCUGAUAUCAAGGUCAUUCUCGAACUCUGCGCUAGCGCCGAGGCUGCCGUUGCUCUUGAAAUCGAGGCCGUUGAGAAGCUUACUGUCUGGUUGUUGAGCACUGGCUGCUCCCUCACCGUCGAGCUCAAGGCUGCUGUUUUGCUCUGGUUGCACGCUCGCGUCGCCGAAGUUGAGAGCGUCUCCGUCCUCGCUGCGGCCGAUAUUGCUACCUUGACUACCUGGAUUGAAAGCGAUAUUGCUGCUGAUCUCAGUGCCGUUGUCAAGGGCGUUAUUGGCGUUGCUAUUGCCGGUGAAGCUGUUGUUGAUGUCGCUGUUGAAGCUGUUGCUGAGCUUAUUGGUGUCUUGACUGGUUGCGUCACCGGUGUUGAGAUCUCCGUUGAUAUUCAGAUUAUUCUCGGAAAGUGGAUUUCGGGCGAGACUUGUGGAUGCCACUCCAACGACAAGAGAGGUCUCGUUCGUCCUAUUCGUGUUUAA